AUUUAUGGUCACGUGAUGCCCAAUUCUAGCUUUAGAUGGAAAACCAAUUCUCAGGGGAGGGGUUGGAAAAUAAAUUCCAGGCAUUUGGGAGGAAAAGAAGAAGAUGCUGCAGCAGCAAACAGCAAAGGAGCGGAAGCGAAGGAGAAGAAAAGGGGAAGCGCGGCCGGCAGUCGCAAUGAGGAGGGGAAGCUCAAUCCGAAGCGGGUUCUAGUGGUUUCUUCGUUGGCGGGAAAGGCCUGUUCUGAGCGAACCAGGAUGGGGGCUCCGAUGGAAGCAACGAUGACCGACAACGCCGUGAACGAUAAUUCCGAGGACAGUAGAGGAGGAGGUAGAUCCAGAAAUCUCCCAAGGCUCUUCAUCAAAGAAAUGGUGCUCCGGAAUUUCAAAUCCUACGCUGGCGAGCAACGUGUCGGCCCCUUUCACAAGAAAACGAGCCAAGCAGGUAAUUCCCCAAUCCGGUUUCUCUUCUUUAUGGAGGUUCCUCUUAUUUUAUGUCUUGCGCUUUCCACCAUUAAGAAAUGUUAAAGAGGGAAAGAAUUGAAUUCGAUAACUUGCUCAGUUGAAGACGAUGCUGCCAAUCAUCGCCUCUUCCCUCUUCUCGGCUUUGCUCUGCUCCUAUGUAUGUAUGUAUAUUUGUGUAUAUACACACACACACAAAGCUGGGUGUGUAUGUAUGGGUGUGUGUAUGUAUAUUUGUGUAUAUAUAUUUGAUUUUUUUUGAAUAUUUUGUAUAGUAUAUUUGGUUUUUUGAAUAUUUUGUAUAAUAUAUUUGAUUUAUUUUUAGGUAAUUUCUAGGUAAAAAAUUAAGACAAUCAAAUGCCUUCAAUUGAUAUUUUCCCU